UUCAUAGUUUAAUCAGCAGAUAGGAAACCGGUGAGCGUUUCUAGCUGCUUUAUUAUAACCCUGGCUUUGAACGCAAACGGUGGGACUCUCCUCAGCUACUUCAGAGCAACUUUAAGAUGUUCGCCUGGUUUUGUAUUUUCGUCUGUGCCUCGGCUGGUUGCGUUGUAGCCGUACACGAGUACACGAUGCCCGGUCAGCCCCACGAAGUCCCCGUAAACAGCACCGGGGUUGUGCGGGCAGCACUGUUCGCUAUGGUUGAAUACAACAGGGACAACGCGGAGGACUUGUUUGCCUACAAAAUUGUGAACAUAACCUCGGCCAAAAUCCAGGUGGUCGCGGGAAUAAACUACAUCCUGGAAGUGAAGCUUGGUCGUACAAUGUGCAAGACCAGCGACACUACUGACACUGAGCCAUGUGUCUACCACUCUGAACCCAAGGAACUAAGGUGCCACUUCGUCGUUACAGAAAUUCCUUGGGAAGAUUCAAGUGUACUUACUCAAAAUAAGUGUAACAAUCAUGGGUCUGAUUGCUAGUGUUGUCAAGUAAACUUUUUAUCUGUGA